GGAGCUUCGGUGCCUAUGGAGCAAAUUAUCCGCGGGACAGCACUGUGCCUGACUUCACAGAAACAUGUUAUGGACAAUAUUCUUACUGCUUAAUGGGCUUCUGAUACUUUUUCUCCUUUACUCCACUCGCACAAGACAGAAAAAUGAGCCACCUCUGGACAAAGGUUUCAUUCCAUGGUUGGGGCACGCUCUUGAGUUUGGAAAAGAUGCUGCAAAGUUUUUGACCCGGAUGAAAAAAAAACACGGAGAUAUCUUCACAGUCCGUGUUGCUGGUCUUUAUGUGACAGUGCUGUUGGACUCAAACUCUUUCGACACCGUGAUAAAUGACACAGAGCACUUGGACUUCACCCGCAACAGAAACCAGCUCCUAAAAAGGAUCUUCAGUCUUCAGCUGCCAAACAUCAAGCCUACAGCAGAGAGGAAAUGGAUGGAACAGCAUUUUCAAGGUGUAAGUUUGUCCAAACUCAGCAGCUCCAUGAACAUUCACCUUCAGAACCUGCUGUUGAGUGACCAGAAAGGCUGUGACCCUUCAGAGUGGAGACAGGAUGGGCUCUUUAGUCUAUGUUACAGUCUACUCUUCAGAGCCGGCUAUCUUACAUUGUUUGAGAGGAGAGACAAUGCUGCUGCAGUCUACAGUGAGUUUCGCAAGUUUGACAAUCUCCUCACCAAACUGGCUCGCAGCUCACUUAAGCGAGGGGAAAGCAAAACAGCCAACUCAUCCCGGGAGCGACUUUGGGAGCUGCUGUCCCCUAGCUGGCUGAGCGGAGGGUCAGAGUCGAGCUCCUGGCAGCAGAGCUACUAUCACUUCCUGCAGGAGGCGGGAGUAGAAGCAGAAAUGCAGAAAAGAGCUUUGCUGUUGCAGCUGUGGACCACACAGUGUAACGCUGGACCUGCUGCCUUUUGGCUUCUUGGCUUCCUUCUCACUCAUCCUGAGGCCAUGAAGGCUGUUAAAUCAGAGAUCAGACGCCUUAGUCGUCUCCAGGACACUUCCCUACAGCAUUCCCCCAUCAAACCGCUGGAAGCACACUGCACACCUGUGUUUGAUAGCGUUCUGAGUGAGACCCUACGGCUCACCGCUGCCGUAAUGAUCAACAGAGAGGUGGUGCAGGAUAAGAUCCUACGCAUGGCCAAUGGACAGGAGUAUCGCCUCAGAAAGGGGGACAGAGUGUGUCUGUUCCCCUUCCUCAGCCCUCAAAUGGACCCAGAGAUACAUGAAGACCCACAGAUCUUCAAGUAUGAUCGCUUCUUGAAUGAAGACUUUACAGUGAAGGAUAAAUUCUACAAGGAUGGAAGAAGACUGAAGUACUACACCAUGCCUUGGGGCGCAGGCAGAAACAUCUGCGUUGGGAAGGAGUUUGCUGUUACAGCCAUUAAACAAUUUGUGUUCCUGCUCUUGACCCAUCUCGACAUGGAGUUGUGUGACCCGGAAGCUAAACUGCCACCAGUCAAUCCCAGUCGCUACGGUUUUGGGAUGCUCCAGCCGGACGGAGAGCUGCAGGUUCGAUACCGACUGAAGAGGACACAGCAUGAACUGUGACCUGAUAAUUUGAUAAAUGUAUAAAUUGUUGUUUGAUAAACCUUUUUGUCAUAUGUACUGUAGCACUAUUUACUGAUUGCAUCUAUGCAUCAUAUUUAACUUUGUUGAGUGUAAUUAAUAUAUUUAAUUUUUAAAAAAGGAAAAGCUAAUUUCAUCAGUGACCUCUAUACUUUGGACUGCACUUAGUUGAAUAUUUCUAUUGCAUUAGCAAAUUGUGGAAUACUAACUUCAGUGUAAGGUUACUAUUGCCAAAGGUACUUUAAGUAGUGGAGACGAAAAAAAACAAAACAAAACAAAACAAAACAAAACAAAACAAAACAAAACAAAACAAAACAAAACAGGGAGUUAAAUACUAUAUUGGACAAGUGCUGCUUCUCAUGUGAAAAUGGAGGAAGAUUUAUUUAUUUAUUUACUGUCCAAAUAUGUACAUUUACUCUUGUGCUGUAUGUAAGUACAAUUGUGAGAUACUCGUACUUUACUUGACUAUUUCUAUUUCAUGCCACCAUAUACCUUUACAUUUUUAUAAGGAAAUGUUUACUCCAUAAUAUUUAUUUAACAGUUAUUUCAUUCAUUCAGAUUACGAUUUUAAAUAAAAUGAAUGUGGGCUUAGA